AUGCUUGUUCCUAACAUUCAAAGUCAUACUCAUGCGAUAGAUCCAUAUUGCGACAUAAAUAGUACACGUGUUGCCGAAGACUGGACCUUGAAUGAUGAGCAAUCCCAAGCAUUUAAAAUUAUAGCUGAACAUAGUCGUUUGAACAAACCAGAGCCAUUAAGGAUGUUCAUCGGAGGACCUGCAGGAACAGGGAAAUCAAGAGUCAUCAACGCCCUAAAAGACUUUUUUGUCAGACGGAAUCAAGCACGACGAUUCAGACUCGCCUCAUACAUGGGAGUAGCCGCUCGAAAUAUCUCAGGUAUGACUUUACAUGCUUCUCUCUUGUUAAAUCAAAGGCGUUCG